UGAUGGAAUUCUUGCAAGGAAACCGACCAAGGGCCAAGACGGAGCAGGAAGAAUGCUCCAAUAUGUUCAAAAGGUUUUCUGCUCACAAGCCGCCUACUUAUGAUGGAAAACCUGACCCCACCGAGUUCGAGGAAUGGUUGAAUGGCAUGGAGAAACUCUUUGAUGCCACCCAGUGUCCAGACAAGUGGAAAGUUAACUUUGCUGUAUUCUACUUAAAAGGGCAAGCUGAUCUGUGGUGGAAGACUGCUAGAGAGAUGCAAAAUCAACCUGGAUUUGGAUGGGAAGGUUUAAAGGAGGCUAUGAGAAACCAGUUUACCCUCAGUCUCUGCAACUCCAGAUGGAAUCUGAGUUUAUCCAUCUGAGGCAAAGGGGUAUGUCAGUUCUGGAAUAUGCUGUGAAAUUUAAUGAGUUAGCUCGAUUUGCUCCUGAUCUGGUGUCUACGGAUCGUCAAAGGAUGAAUCGAUUUGAAGGAGGUUUGAAUCUGGACCUUCAAGAAAGGCUUGCUGCAAACAUAAGUAAGUCCUAUCAAGAGCUAUAUGAUCGGGCUAUCAAUGUUGAAAGGAAAAUGAAGCUGCGAAAGGAUGUUUAUGAGAAUGGAAAAAGGAAAGGUAAAGGUCAAGAAGUUUCAAUAAGCAAUGCCUUUAAGAAGCAGAACACUGGAUUCUCAGAAACAACAAUGGUCAGAGACGGGCCAUAUGGUCAAGAAUUGCCCGGCUGUGGAAAGGAAGAACGAGAACAUAACAACCGUGUGCCAGUGCAAAGGAACAACUCUCAGAACUAUGGUUAUGGUAGGAAUGCAAGUAAUAAUGCCAACAGAAACCCUCCACGUGGACCCCCACAAGCCGGACGAGUGUUCAUGAUGCAAAAAGAAGAAGCUGAGGCUGAUGACACCGUUAUUACUGGUACUUUUCCUGUCAACUCUGUACCUGCUUAUGUCCUCUUUGAUUCUGGAGCUUCCCAUUCGUUCAUAUCUACUGCAUUUUCUAGAAGCUUGAAUGCAAAACCAUGCUCUGAAUUCUCUGCCAUGUCUGUCACCAUCCCUAAUGGUGAAUCCAUCUUAUGUGAUGUCAUGUAUAGAAAUUGUCCUAUUCUUAUAGGAGGAUGUGAAUUUCAAGUAGACCUCAUUCAAUUUGAAUUAACCGACUUUGAUGUGAUAUUGGGAAUGAAUUGGUUGUCGAAGUACAAAGCAGACAUAAAUUGCCUUAACCAUGAAAUAACCCUCAGGAAGCCAGAUGGGGGUCAUCAUGGAUACCUAUGUAGUGUGGUAGACCUAACCAAACCUGAACCAUCGUUAUCCGAUAUUCCCAUAGUUUGUGAGUACCCUGAUGUAUUUCCGGAAGAGAUACCUGGCAUGCCACCAGAAAAGAAAUAG